UCGAGGCCGGGGCUCCCACCCAGAACUGGAGCAGCGUCGCGGCAGCCCGACUGAACCUCUGUGUGUAUAUAUGCCUGCCCAGGGAGACAUGGACAACUGUUUCGUCGCGGCGAUGCUGACCGGGGUGGACAGACGUUCCCUGCAGCGCUCAGCUAGGCUGGGUCAAGAAGUGCUGGAGCGGGCCAAGAGGCGGGCGGUGGACUGGCAUUCACACGAGCGCCCCAAAGGCAGCAUGGGGAUUAUUUCCCGGGAGGGGUCUUACCAAGAAAGACUACUGGCAGCGGGCCCCCAGCCUUUUCUUCCAGUAGAGAGAGAAGAAAGGCACCCAACCCUUAGUGCAUCCUUCAGAACAGUGGCUGAAUUCAUGGACUAUACUUCAAGUCAGUGUGGGAAAUAUUAUUCAUCUGUGGCAGAGGAAAGAGGGGCAACCCAUGUCUAUCGUUAUCACAGAGGGAAGUCGGAGCUAGACAUGUACUCUUACAGGAGGCAUGGUCAGAAAAAUGACAGAGAAAAGACAUCCCUCAGUUCAGGAAGCAUCUAUGAAACAUUAGCACAUGCUUCAGAGUCAUCCCAGCCGGCUGAGAACAUCUCAAAGGACCUCUACAUAGAAGUAUAUCCAGGGACCUAUUCUGUCACUGUGGGCUCAACUGCCUUGACCAAGAAGACUCAUGUAGUAGCAGUUGAUUCAGGACAAAGUGUGGACUUGGUCUUCCCUGUAUGAUGUUGGCCUUCACUGCUAUCACAUCACUCUUUUUUAAGUAGCAAGGAGAAUAAAGUCACCAUAUGAUUUUCUUAA